UGACCAUCACCACUUCACUUCCAACUCCAAACCCUUCCUCCUUUUCAACACCGUCAUCAUCCUUCAUACUUCCUGCCGACCGCCAUGAAUCGCCGGACCUUACUACAAGAAAUUGAAGACGCCUCCAGAUCCAUCGGCUCUCCCACGCCACCCUUCGCUUCCAACUCCCCUUUCGAUUCCUCCUUAGCUCUCACCAUCCUCGUCCUCCUCACUGUUCUCUUCUUCAUGGCCUUCUUCUCUCUCUACAUCCGCCGUUUCUCCAACAACAACAACAACUCCGCGGAUCCAGUCACCCGUCUCCGCCAAACUCCGUCGCAUUUCCGAUGCGAUAAACGCGGCGGACUCGAUCCCUCCGCCGUUAGAGUUCUUCCGUUGGUUCCGUACAGUGACGAAUCGAAGAUUUGGAGCGAAUGCUCAAUCUGUUUGAGUGAGUUCGAAGAUGGAGAAACGGUGAAAUUGAUCCCGUACUGUCGUCACGGUUUCCAUCCUCUGUGCAUUGACACGUGGCUUUCAUCGCACGCUUCUUGUCCUCUUUGCCGGUCGACUCGACUGUUUUCGGCCGUCGAUGAGGGAAGAGUCAGUGUCGACGGAGAUCCAACGGUGGUGACGCGACGUGAUUGAAUGCAAAUUUCGGGCCCGCGUGUUACGGUUGUGAAGAGUAAGACAAAUUUGCCGGCAAAACAUUUUUGCAGCGAAGCACGUGGGAGAGUGGCACGUGUGACGUCAUGUACAUAAAC